AUGAAGAUCAUCGAGUCCCACGAUAUCGUAAAGUUCCCAGAGAACGUUAAAUUUACCGUUGACAAACGUGUCGUCAGCGUUACCGGACCAAGGGGAUCUUUAACACGUAACUUCCGUCACAUGCAAAUCGAGAUUCUUAAAAGCGGAAAAGACACUAUUCGUGUUCGUAAAUGGUUCGGACUUCGUAAGGAAUUAGCAACAAUUCGUACAGUCUGUACACAUAUUAAGAAUAUGAUCAAGGGAGUUACCCUCGGAUUCCGUUACAAGAUGCGUUCCGUAUACGCUCAUUUCCCAAUUAACAUAUCUCUUCAAGAGAAAGGAUCAGUUGUUGAGAUUAGAAAUUUCUUGGGAGAAAAAGUUGUCCGUAAGGUUGUUCUUCCACCAGGAGUUGUUGCUACUAUGUCAACCAAACAGAAGGAUGAAUUAAUCAUUGAUGGUAAUAAUUUGGAACAAGUUUCUCAAGUUGCAGCCCGUAUUCAACAAUCUACUACCGUCAAAAAUAAGGAUAUCAGAAAGUUCUUGGAUGGUAUCUAUGUUUCUGAAAGAGUUACUGUUGUCGAAGAAAAUUAA